GCCUUUUGUUCGACCUCAGCGAGUUUGAUUCCGGCGUGGUUACCAUCAAACACACCGAUAGUCGGAGGGCCGAGAUUCUGGGCACAUUGGAGCAGAUCCUUGAAGGUAGAAGCUUGAGUGCCAAGCAGGCGGAAGUUCUUCGUGGGCGAUUGCACUGGUUCAACUCCUAUUUGUUCGUCAGAGCCCCGUGUGACGCCAUGCGUCGGCUCUCGGUGCGGGCUCAGGGGCGGGACGCAAGCGCGGCCUUAGAUGGAAGCGUGGAGCACGCCAUCCUCACCUUCAAAAACCACUUGGAGACCGCGCCGCCUUUGAGACUUUGCCCAGCCAGUGGGCGAAACAUGUACGUGUUCAUUGAUAGCUCGUUAUCGUUCGAACCUGGACUGGACACGGUAGCUGGGAUCGGGGGCGUGCUUUAUGACCAGUCUGGAAAUGCUGUCCAACAUUUUUCUGCAGAGAUCUCUGGAACAGACCUUGAAAGGCUGUUGGGUGAUUCCGAUCACCCGAUAUACGAGGUGGAGCUUGCAGCGGUGAUGGUUGCGUUCGAAGCCUGGAUGAGCCUGUUGAGGGACACCUACAGUGUCUUUUACGUCGACAACGAAGCGGCGCAGUCCACUCUUGUUUCGGGCCGUUCAAGCACUCGAAAUCGCCGUGCCAUACUCCAACGUAUUUUGAAUGCGGAACACCAAGCCCUGUGUCGCCCGUGGUUUGGGCGGGUGCCAAGCUACAGCAAUCCUGCCGACCCACCGAGCCCCUGA